AUGUCGUUCCAACUAGAGCAGCUGUAUCGCAAAGAGAUGCACCCAGUGAAUGAGGUCAAAAUACAAAACGGUAUUUUUACUACCGAAAGAACUGUCGCUCAGAUAUGGGACAUGAAUGUAUUAGGCUUCCAAGACGAAGUAUAUGAUGAUGCUACUCUCAAACCUCGACUUGCUACCAUGGAAAUGUUCUGGGACACACCUGAUAAGACAAAGGAAUUAUGGGAUGAAUGUCGCAAAUUUGUUCUUGUAACUACAUUUGGAGACCCUACCACUGCUCGGCGCGCUCUACAACUUCGCAGGAAUAGCCUGGACCGUAUUGUCGAUGUUGGCAAGUUUAAUCGAUCUCAAUCAAAUAGGCUCUUUACUACUUGGCUACCAUUCAUCUCAACCUACCUUCAAUACGAUGAGGAUGAUACAACCCCUACACAUCUAAAUAUCGUCUUUCGAUCUCUAAAGAACAGCAAUUCGCUAAUUUGCUCCAUGAGGAUACACCUUGCAUCUCUAGACUGCUUUGUGUUUAUGAGUGCAACCCAACCGAGUGAUACCAAAGAUAUUCGGUCACGUUGUAUAGCCAAUAUCGAUCUGUUGAGAGUCCAUCCUCUGUAUUUCCUGUCUAUUGUCUAUGAAAACCGAUACGAGCGAUGGACCACCUGGAUUGCUAAGAUAUGGAAUCAAGUCGCCUUAAUAGAGACAGUGACAAACAUGACGCACCCAGAUUGGAGAGCAGGUUCCAUUCAGUCGCAUGAAGUACAGUUGAUGUCGACUGUCGAGAGUUUUCUUCAUCAACUCCAUGCCACUAAUCUUGAGUUAUGUCACAGCAGCACGGUCUUAGCAUAUGCAUUCAGGUUCGGAAAUCGUUGCCUGGAGAUCAUCAAUGAGACGGAUGACCUACGGAAAGGUCUUGGAAUGUCUUCUCCUUCCCCACGUCAAAGCUCAGAACUGAAAGAUAGUUUCAACGCCAUUUUGGAGCGGCUGGCUCCUUUGUCAGAUCGCAUAUCUGAACUGAAGCAAAGGCUUUCCAGUCAGAUCACUGCGAAAGAUAGCAGGGUUAAUUUAGCUAUUGCCGGGCUACAAGCCAACGAUAGCAGAACGCUGAAGGGUAUUGCAAUAUUGACAUUGUUAUUUUUGCCUUCAACAUUGGUCGCUUUUCACAUUCUGAUCGAUCAAUGUCAGACUCUAUGGACCACAAACCUCUUCGAGUUCCAAGGAGACACCAACUGGAAGGUGUAUAUCACUAUAACGGCUGUCCUCACGUUUCUUGUCAUCACCUGCUCAUGGCUCUACACUCGUAUCUUUCAACGACGAGACAAUGUCCGUUGGACACGCUUUGCGGCAUAUGAUCUUGGCUUUCAUUCGAACAGUAGGCCUCAUAUAUAG